GCCUUGUCGGAGGGGCGGGGCUUCGGCGCCGGAAGUGGCGUGAGCCCCGCCCAGGGUGCUGUUGGCGGUUUGAAGUUGGUUGAAAAUGGCGGAGGAAACACGUUCGGAGCUCGAGAAACUGCAAGAUGAAGGACUAGAAGAGAAGGAAGAGAAAACUGUGAAAACUAAGACUGUUUCUUCCAGUAAUGAAGGAGAAAGUUCAUCUCGAAGUGCAGAGAAAAGAGCAGCUGAAGAGAAAAAUCAAGAUGAUUCUGCUUCCGGGGAUGCAAACAACAAACCUACCCCUGCAAAAGUUUCCAAAAUUGGAUUUUCAAUAGGAAGUAUGACCGUAAAGAAACCAGCCCCAAUAUCCAUCAAAUUAGGAGCAAAUAAACCUAAAGAAAGUCCACCUGUUUUAGCUCCAAAGAAACCAUCAGUUGCAGCUGUAUUCAAUGAAGAUGAAGAUAGUGAACCAGAGGAAAUGCCUCCUGAAGCAAAAAUGCGCAUGAAGAAUAUGGGACGAGAAACACCAACGUCAGCAGGACCAAAUUCUUUCAACAAGGGAAAACAAGGCUUUUCUGACAACCAGAGGUUAUGGGAGCGGAAAAUGAAAAGUCAGCUGCGGAACUUUGGAGAUGAGGACUAAAUUGAAAAGGCAGAGUUGUGAGCUGCGGGAAGUGGAGAAGAAUUGUAGGGAUUGAGAUGCAUUCUAGAUUGCUUUGAAAUGGAAACUAUUUUCAGUGAUGUGUAUAAUGUAUACUUAAAGACUUUCUCACUAUAACUUGUAAUGAGUGCAAUGUGUUUAGUAAACAGUAGAUAACCCCCUCAGAGAAAUUUCAUUCAGAAAUAUUCAACACAGAAGUUGCCAUUUAGAUCUUUCAUCUCUAUUAGCUAUCCUUGAUUAUUUUUAGUGUGCCACUGUGGCUAUUUCAUUUGGAAUCCUGUAAAGUAACGUAUCUACAUAUCAGUUAAAAAUAGGAAAGGAAAGUUCUGUUAAAUUUCACACCAUUGAAAAGUACAUGGUCAUUAAUUGUUUAGCUCCUGAAAACUGUUUCACAUUUUAUAAUAGGAGAGUAGUUUUGGUUUAAGUAAAUUUCAUGUUACUGAAGAAAUUUAAAACCUACCAGAAUUAUUUCAAGACUUAGAUUUUCAAUGUCACACCUUCUUCCAGCAAAGGCAUGAGGUAUUUCUAGGUUGUAUAUAAACUCAAGUGGGAAUAAUUUAACUUACCAAGCAACUUUGCCAGCAAUGUAGCACAGGCAAUCGGUGUGUAUGGAGUGGCAAGGACAACCUAUAUCCUAUAUCUUCAUUCCCAUUGAUAUUCCAAAUACUGAACUUGUUUAUUGCAGAUUAUUAUUAAUGGAGUCAUGCUGUUAUGAAAAUAUGAUAUAGCUCUCAAAAUUUGGCAUGCUACAUUAGAGUGUGGUAAGUACUUCACUUCUAUUCCCAAAAGAUGUGUCCAAUAAAUAAUAGUUGACAGCAACUGUAGAAGUACAGAUUUGGUAUGAAUUAGAAAGCUCAACCUGUACUUAACUGAGGUGGUUGUAUUUGCACCGUCCAGCCACAGCUUCAUUGAAAUUCUCAUUGUCUAUUCUUGGGCUUUGCAAGUCUUGUAUAUUAGUUCUUCUGUACGACCACGAUAAAUAAUAAAUUCUAAUCUGGGAUUUGUUCCUGUUCCCAA